AUGGACCCCGAAGACGAAGCAGCCCAGCCUAUUUGCAGACCAUUCUCAUACUUGGGGCCAGCCAAGGAUUGGACCGACCAGGAGGAAAGGCGCCGCGUCUUUUGGAAUGUCUUUCUACUCGAUAGGUAUUGCUCCAUCACCAUGGGCUGGAAUACGAGCCUAACCUCUGUCGAUGUUCACCAACGACUCCCAUGUGAUGGUAUUCUGUGGCGCAAACAAGAGGCGGUUCAGACGCCUUAUCUCGGCAUUUGGGAUAAAUCAACAGGGGGCAUGGGCAAUAUGGCAGCAAGCCGCUCUCGUCGAGACGUCGAGACGCCUGACCAGACAGACCGGCGAAAUCAGAUUGAGUCUGACCCAAACGAAAGCGACGUGUCGCAGAUAGGAGCAUUUGCUUACAGCGUCGAGGCCACCGAGUCAAUGAGUAGAGUCACGACAUACUUCCUACAGCAUCGCUUUGACCCCAGCAACCCGGACGCAGUCAACUCUUGGCUUGCGAGGUUCAAAGAGCUUGACCUGCGUCUUGUUCAGUGGAAGAUGUUCUUGCCCAAGAAGUGGAAUUUUAGCGUUUUGAGACAGGCCUCACGAAUGGACCCCAACCUCACUCUCGCCCACGUCAUCCAUAAUGCAUCUACAAUUCUACUUCAUCAAGUCAUCGCAUGGCCACGAGCGUCGUGGCCGUUCAGAAAACGGUUGCCUAGCGUAUGGAGCGCUGAUACUUGUUGCUCUGCUGGUGUCGAGAUAUCAACGAUUGCUCGCAAGUAUUUGGAAAGUACGCCGGAUUCUUUGCCUAUAACCAGUCCGUUUGCGUUCUGUUUAUAUAUCGCAGCCAAGAUGCUGCUCAUCCACUGGAAGAGCGACCCUUCGAAUGAUCGCUUGGAUGAUUUUGAAUCAAUAACACAGAGCUUGCAAGAAAUGUCCAGACGCUGGAAUGGCGCAAGCAAAGAGCAGCCAAAGGACCUCGCUUUCAAAUAUGCUACUAAGCUAAAGGACAUGUACAGGCGAUGCCAGGAGGAUCAAAGCUUUAAGAUUAUUGUGUCAGACUAUACCCAGGAGAUGGAGCAUCGAACUUGGGAUCAUAUGCCAGAAAGUGUGACCGAGAGAAGGAACGCCCAACAGUGGCCUAAUGCAUUAGAGCUGCAACAACCUUGGCAGUCUCAACUGACGGCAAACAGCACCACAUCGUACCCUCCACGUUCGUCGCCAGUCCAAUAUCAAGAUGCGGGUAGAAAUCAGGGUGCUAUGGACAGCACUGGCUCGGACAUCUUGAAUGAUGCGACUGGAAUGAUUUCCAGGCAAUUCAUGCCAGUAGAAGAAUACUUCAUGGACAUGGAUCGUGUUAUUGCCUUUGAUGAUGGAAGUCUCUUUAUGGCGGGCAUGGAUAAUGGAGCUUGGUAA